AUGUCUUUGGAUUUAUAUUAUUUACCAAUGAGCUCUCCCUGUCGAGCUGUUUUAUUAACCGUUGAAGCACUCGGUUUGUCAGUGAAUUUAAAGGAAAUCGAUUUGUUCACUGGCGAACACCUCAAAUCGGAAUACGAACAGUUGAAUCCUCAAAGGACUAUACCUUUUCUCGUUGACGGUGAUUACAAACUCUCGGAAAGUCGAGCGAUCAUGUGUUAUUUGGUAGAUCAAUAUGGAAAAAAUGAAAGGUUAUAUCCGCAAAAUCCAGUAUCACGUGCAUUGGUCAAUCAAAGAUUAUACUUCGACAUUGGGAAGCUUUACAAAAAUAUCAGUUCUUACUUCUAUCCUGUGGUGUUCAAAGGCGCGGAGAGUUACGAUGAGGAACAAUACGAAAAGCUAAAAGAUGCUUUCAAUCUAUUGGACAAAUUCCUCGAGGAUCAGGAUUACGUAGCUGGUCGUAGUUUAACGAUCGCCGAUUUGGCAUUGGCAUCGUCCGUAUCCACUGGAGAGGCGUUUGGAUUCGAAGUCUUUAGAUAUAAAUACGUCUCCAAGUGGAUGGACAGAAUUAAAAGCUCAGCUCCUGGAUAUCGAAAGGCGAACGGGGAAGGUCUUGAAAUAUUAAAAAAGUUGGCCGCUGAUAGGAUGUCUCAGAGAGGCAGCACUGUAGUAACAGGUCAUAUUUAUAUAGAGAGUUUGGAGAACCGACGUAUGAUCAUAUGGAUUAUUGCUAUUCAACGUAUCAACGAGAAAUUCAACGAUACAGAAAGAAAUAUGCCGAUCGAUCUUUAUCAAACACUAGGAAGUGCGCCAUGCUGUGCGGUUCGUUUAACAGCAGCGUCUGUCGGUGUUACCUUGAAUUUGAAAGAAAUUAAUUUAAUGAAUGGUGAACAACUCAAACCAGAAUUUCUAAAGAUGAAUCCUCAACAUACUGUACCUACCAUCGAUGACAAUGGUUUUUACUUAUCCGAAAGUCGUGCAAUUAUGGGAUAUUUAGUUGAUCAGUAUGGUAAAAAUGAUUCAUUGUAUCCAAAGGAUCCAAAGAAACGUGCUAUUGUUAAUCAAAGAUUGUUUUUCGAUGCAAACAAUUUGUAUCAAUCUUUUGCUGAUUAUUAUUAUCCAACGAUCUUCGCUGGAGCACCUAAGGAUCAAACCAAAUAUGAGAAAUUGGAAAAGGUUCUUGAAUUCCUUGAUAAAUUUUUAGAAAAUGAGACCUACGUUGCUGGUAAAAAUAUGACGAUAGCUGAUCAUUCUAUUGCUGUCACCGUUUCUAAUUUUGAGUUAAUGAAUUACGAUCUUAGUAAAUUCUCGCAUAUUACUAAAUGGUACAAGCGUAUGAAGACUGAAAUUGUUAAAUACGAUGAAAUUCGUACUGAGAGUAUAAAAUCUUUUAAAGGUUUGGUAGAUAUUCUAAAGAAGAAGAAGUAAAUUUUUCAUCAUAUGAAAAAAAAAAAAAA